AUUCUUGUGGGAGUUAAAUGUUCAACUUUAAGCAAUCAUUUUCUUCUUUUACAGAAAUGGCCCACACCAGUUCCUCCAAUUCAUCUUAUCAGUGAAGAAUCUACUGAUAAAACUAAUCUGGGGUUUAUUCAUGCUUUUGUGGCUGCCAUAUCAGUCAUCAUUGUGUCAGAGUUGGGGGAUAAGACCUUCUUUAUUGCAGCCAUCAUGGCAAUGCGUUAUAAUCGUUUGACUGUAAUGGCCGGUGCCAUGCUUGCCUUAGGACUGAUGACAUGCUUAUCAGUUUUAUUUGGAUAUGCUACCACAGUUAUCCCCCGAGUGUACACAUACUACGCGUCAACUGCACUGUUUGCAAUUUUUGGCAUCAGAAUGCUCCGGGAAGGCUUGAAGAUGAGCCCAGAUGAAGGUCAGGAGGAGCUGGAGGAAGUUCAAGCAGAAAUCAAGAAAAAAGAUGAAGAAUUCCAGAGAACGAAGCUGUUAAAUGGGCCAGGAGAUGUGGAAACAGGGACAAGCACAAAUAUACCUCAGAAGAAGUGGCUGCAUUUUAUUUCUCCAAUUUUUGUUCAAGCUUUUACUUUAACAUUUGUAGCAGAAUGGGGUGACCGUUCUCAAUUGACAACAAUAGUCUUGGCAGCAAGAGAAGAUCCCUAUGGUGUGGCAGUGGGAGGAACAGUGGGACACUGUCUAUGCACUGGUUUAGCAGUUAUUGGAGGAAGGAUGAUAGCACAAAAAAUUUCUGUUAGGACUGUGACAAUCAUAGGAGGCAUUGUUUUCUUGGCAUUUGCAUUCUCUGCACUAUUUAUAAGCCCAGAAUCUGGUUUUUAACAAGUUUUUUUUUUCAUUCUUUAAAAAGAAAGGAUUGGGAGCAACGGGCUUGUUCUCCUGUGUUGCUAUAUAUGAUGUACAGUAUUGUUGCUAGACAAGCACUGAAUGAGAUACUUCACUUUAAUAACAAUGAUUUCUGAGUCUGGCACAUUCAUGGACCAUAUGCCAUGACGAUAUGCUUCCUGUCCAGUUUGCAAGGUGUAUUUAUGUGGUGAUUGGGUGCCUCACAAGAUCUGAGUGGCUUUCUUGCUUGCUGAACCUGAUCAGAUGGGUUUUGAGGAUCUGCAUCCAAACAGGGGGCUUCCUUCUUCUGUUCCACAUGAUCACUACUGCUGUCUGUUCUAGAGCUUAUCCAUCUGGUUACCUGAGCAGUUGACUUGUCAACAGGCAUUAUUAUGUUACUUCCUGUUUGGAAAUUUGUAUUAGGGAGAAAAUCAUUGACUCUCACACUUCACUUCCAGGAUGCCCUGGUAGCCUAAGAAACCUGAGAGCAGCUCCCAUGCCAUCAAGUGACUGAACCACCUCCUAAAACUUUUAGAAUUUAUUUUAAAAAAAAGGCAAAUAUCUUAAUCAGGGGGCUAUGGUAGGAAGUAAACAAACAUGCUGACUCAUGAUGUACUGUUUUCAACAAUCCAUCUAGAUCUGAAUUUUACUUAACCAGUUCUCUUUUGUAUUAAGUUAACUUAUAAUAUACAUCAUAGUAAUAAAAUGGUCAAUAUUUGACAAUGCUGCAUUCCCAAAUUUGAACAAUAAUGCAAAUCUUUCAGAUUGAGAUGUGUCCAUAUUUUCUUCAAUAGUGUAAUUGGGGGGUCUGUAAAUAAAAUAGCUAUCUCCAUUUUA